GUAUAUAACAUUUGUAAACACUAUAGGUAUAGAGUUACUUUUACAUUAUAAGUUUGAACUGUUUUGUUUUAUCGAGGUCUUAAAUUACUAAAUCAAGUGAAAUGGGAUUGAAAUUUCUUGAUAUUAUGGCGAGUAAACAAGACAAGAACAAGAAGAAGCAGCGAACGGGGUCGGAAUGGUCCAAGACUGGCAGCUUUAUGAACAAACCCGACCGAGGUUGGAUCCACCCUGACACACAGCUUCAUGUCGACAGUGGCAUCUGCUACGGAGUCCGGUACAUUGGGUGUUUGGAGGUGAAGGAGUCCAUGAGAAGUCUAGAUUUUGACACACGUACAAGUCUUGCCAGAGAAGCUAUUAGUCGAGUUUGUGAAUCUGCCGGGAUGAAACCCCUAUCAAAGAAGAAAAAGGAUAAGAAAUUGACCAAGAUGUUGGGUGAGAGGCCAGAGAUGCAGUAUGCUGGAUCAAAUGUCAACUUGACCAUUACAACAGAGGCACUCACCCUGAUGAUCAUGGAGUCCGGUGAGAUGAUCGCCAACCACCAGAUGCCUGGAAUAUCUUUUGCUUCAGGAGGAGACUCUGAGACGUUAGACUUCGUUGCCUACGUGGCCAAAGACGCUGUACAUGGGCGGGCAUGUCAUGUCCUAGAGUGUGGCGGUGGUCUGGCCGAGGAUGUCAUCACCACCAUAGGUCAGGCUUUCGAGCUCCGCUUCAAGGAGUACCUAAAGAACCAGCCCAAGCCAGUCACAGCACCAGACAGAAUGGAGAACCCCAUUAGUGAGGGGGAUGCCUGGGGAGAAGACCAUGAGGGAGACUAUUAUAAUGACCGCCCCGGAGCACGCCCACCCUUGACACAAGCUUCUGAAUAUGCUGUCCCCACAUCCAACUUACCUGUGAGCGAUGGUAUGUAUUCCUCAGUAAAAGACCCACCUGUGUAUGACGUGGCAAAGGAGCACUCACUGAUCGACUUCUCAGAUGCAGAAGUUGCAGAAAUUUAUGACAAUAAAGGAAAUGUGAAUGGAGCCUACAAGUUGGAUACAGACAAUGUUUACGACAACAAAGAGAAUGUUCUGUCCUCCCCUGAGUCCAACGGAGCUGCCGAUCCAUUUGACAUGGAGCCAUUCAGUGCAGGCCUUCCCUCCGGAGACCAGGAGACCUUCCUUAGACACCCUGAUGAGCUAGUUUCUCCCCCAGGUGUGCCUCCUCCCUCUACCUCUGAUAUUGCCCCUGUGUUUGAGGAAUGGUAUCAUGGUGCACUGCCACGGAAACAGGCUGAGAAAUUGUUACAAAAGGAUGGUGACUUUCUGGUGCGGCAGAGCUCCUCUGACCCCGGCCAGUUUGUACUGUGUGGUAAACAGGACGGCUCCAUCAAACAUUUGUUACUGGUGGACCCUGAUGGUGUGGUAAGGACCAAGGACCGCGCCUUCGACAGUGUGCCCCACCUCAUCCAGCACCAUCGCACUCACAAUCUGCCAAUCAUAUCACAGGAGAGUGAGCUCCACCUUCUUCGUCCAAUCAGCAAUGCCUACACAAACUGCUGAGGGAUUCAUAUACUCUACCAACAAAAAUGUGUCAUAUUUUGUCUAGUAGUGUCAAGGUCAUGUAACAACCUUGAAAUGUGACUAAAAAAAAAUCUAGAGGUCAAGAUGCGUCAAUACUAACGUAGUAAGGGUACUCAGUGAACAAAAAUAUGCUCAUGUGUUUACAUUACACUAUAGACUGGUAAUGUGUCCGGGAUAACAUGUUAUUCAUAUGAAAAGAGGAUGUUUGAAGUUUUAAGCCUUACUGAUAAAAUCCAUCAAAACUUAACAAACGAACAAAUGAUUACUGUCACUAUCUUCUAUCAGUAAGACUACAUGAUGAUAUUGCUUUCUAAUCUGUAUUUGCUUUGAACAAAACAAAUGUUUUACUCUAUUUAAACUGUGCUCAAGUUAAUAAUCAAGAGGAAUUUUCAUAUGUGAAUGAAGCUUUUCGUAAUGGAACAGGAAAGUUUGUCAAAAAAUAUGUGUGCAAAUCAAUAAGAAUCUGGAAAUCAAAAAGUUACAUGUUAUUUUACCGAAUCGUAUUUGUAUUUUUUCGUCUACGAUAGCAUAAGAUGUGUGUUUUGUUUCUCGUAAUGUUAAAUGUGUCCGACCUGUCCAACAGCAUCAAGCUACCAACAUAUGGUAACAUCAUAAUUUACUGAGUAGAUACAAGAACAGACCAUGUUUCUGUAAUAUUCUAAUCGUAGAAUUUUGCAUCAUUGACAUUUAAAAACCAAGUGAAAAGCUGGCUUUUUGUCCCAGGUUUGAUAUACACAGCUCAAUAGAUCCAUCAGCUACAAUUUGUCACUCAGACAUUUUCUGAAGUGUUUUUAACUGUUAUACAAAUAGCAUUCAUUGAAUUUGUUACUAAUGUUGUUGAUACAUGUUGAUCAUUGCUUAAGCCCGACAAUCACUGGUAUGUCACACUGUGUAGCAGUUGUACUGUUAUAUGGGUCAAAGGCUGUGUAGGAAUCGAACUGUUAACAAGACACAGUCUGAGUACAAGUAGGAAUUUAACUGUUGUAUAUAUAUAUUAAAGUCUGUGACAGAGUUUUUACUGUUACAUUUGUCACAGGCUGUAAUAAACUUACAGUUAUAAACAUCACAGGCUGUAGAAAUCAUAGUUAUAUAGGUCACAUGCUGUAGAAAUCGUACAGUUAUAUAGGUCACAGGCUGUAGAAAUCGGACAGUUAGAUACGUCACAGGCUAUAGAAACCAUACAGUUAUAUAGGCACUUGCUGUAGAAAUUGUAGUUAUAAAGGCCACAGGCUGAAGAAAUUGUGCCAUUAUAUAGGUCACAGACUGUAGAAAUUAUAUUGUUAUAUACGUCACAGGCUGUAGAAAUUGUAUUGUUAUAUAUGUCACAGGCUGAAAAAGUUGAACAGUUAUAUACGUCACAGGCUGCAGAAAUCGUACAGUUAUAUACGUCACAGGCUGUAGAAAUCAUACGGUUAUAUAGGCCACAGGCUGUAGAAAUCGUACAGUUAUGAAAUCGUACAGUUAUAUACGUCACAGGCUGUAGAAAUCGUACAGUUAUAUACGUCACAGGUUAUAGAAAUCGUACAGUUAUAUAGGUCACAGGCUGUAGAAAUCGUACAGUGUUAUAAUCAAGGGUUUCAAAUUAUUUUUGUAAUCAUCGACACAUUGAUAGUACAUUGUUUUGCUGUUUACUUUUUUUAAUGCUUUUGUUGUUUUUAACAAAUUGCACAUACCAGUGUCUUGUCAAUCUUGUCAAUAUUAAUCAUUCAUUAAGGCUUCCAGUAUUAUAUGUUGUUGUUAAGCUUUUUUGUUGUAUGUUAUAAUGCAAUCAUGCUCAUUUUUGUUUCAUAUAUAAUGUACACAACAAUGGUAUAUUUCUUAAGUGUUUUAUUAACAUUCAUUUAACUUAUCUAGGGUAUUAAAUGGUAUUGGUGGUGGAAAAUGUCAGAAAAAUUAUAAUAUUGUUAGGAAACAUUUAUGUAUGUUAAGAAAGUUAGAUUUCCCCUGGUGGUUAGGGUUAUCAAUCUUCCAUUAUAAGACAUAUAUAUUAAAAAAAAAUAGCUGCCAACAGGGUGUUUUUAUAAAUGUUUUUAUACAUGGCAUAAUACAUGUACAUGUAUUAGUAAAUUUGGCCAAAUUUUAUGUUUGAGAUUUUUACAGAGAACUACUUUACAAAAUUCAUGUGUCCAACUCUACACUUAAUGAAAACAUUGGAAUGUAUAGUCACUGUUAGUGCUACACGUAAAUGUUUAGAUUCGAGUAGGACUUGAUUGACCUUGUCAGUUGACCUUUGUAUGUAACAUGUCAACAGGAGAAAAUGUCCUGGUUUGUGAAAUACAGAUUUUUCCAUA